AUGCUGGGGGCAAAUCUUCAUUUUGGAUCAUGUCCUGAGGACAACAUUCUGAACUUGCUGCAAGCUACAAUCCAGAGACUACAAGAGCUAUUAAAUUCAGAGCGAACUAGCAGCACAGAGGCACCGGGAUCAGAGUUUCUCCGAGCCUCUGUGCAUUCUCUUGGGCUUGGAGAUUCAGCAAGGGCCCUUCAGAAAGUUCUCCAUCUCUUUAAGGAUUGGAGUGUGUUCCACACACAGAGAGUCGGCUCCCUGAGAGAAGCACUAAGCACAACAGUGCACACACUGGAGCGAGACAAGCACACAAGUCAUGGACACAUGCUCCCAAAGAGAGAGACUCAAGCAAAACAACCGGGAUCCUCCAGAGAAGGUAAUUUUCACAAACAUGUCUUUAUCAAUUAUCUCAUUCAAAGUGUUUUGGGAGACGUGCAUGGUAUCGAGAAGACACUGUUUUCAAUCACAAGUAAAUUUGACAGAGCAAUCGCCAUCAUCUCUGGAGCAAAACUGCAAAGUACAGAAGCUGAGACAACAAGGUACGGUCUCGUGGUUCAUGAUCUCAUGGCUGAUUCAAAGGACAAGCUCGUGCUUCCACAGAUAUUUUCGAAGGAGCAAUGUGACCCUCAAAAUACUGACCAAGAAUACACCUUAAAUGGUUCACCCCUUUCAGACAUUCAGAAAUGUGUCCUUCAAAGCAACCCGAAUACAAAAGCAGAGCCCCAUGCUGCGUUUGAGAGAAAGACUAGUCCACAUGAACUGUUUAAUGAAAGUCCAAAUGACCUUGUAAGACAGGAAGAGGACAGCAUUCUGUGUGAAGUGCUAAAGAGCCCAAGGAAUGAUGGCCAUCUUGAAGAGGAUGUUGCAGAGGUGAAGAAAGAACCUGUACAGGAGGAUGAAAGAGACAAGAAGGUAGAGAAGAUCGGCACAGUGGUGAUGGAAGAAUGUAUGAGCUGGACACAAAAGUGUAUUACAGUAGGUUUAACAGAUUCAGCAACAUCUUCCUCCAAAGUCCUGUGCUAUAUAACUGCUCCCCUGGAAGUCACAAAGGUCGUCACAUGUAAGGCAGUGGACAGCCUCAGCUCUCUCAUGGUGACCGGGUCAGAGGAGCUGGUCAGCAGUGUGCUCAGACUUGACAAGUUCAGCAACAUGAAGUGUCCGUUCCCACUUAUUGUAGCCAUACCUUUUCGGGCUUGUUACCACCUGAAUUACCGUGAGGCUGUGGUGAAAGUGGUGGACCAGGAGCAGAGGAUCAGUUAUGUCACUCCAGCUGCCACCGAGGGCAUCUAUGGAGGCCGCAGGGGUACAUUCGCAGCAGUGAAGGUGUACACUCUUGGUGUAUUUGCAGUCUUAUCACGUUUGCAGAGGGAGACAUUCACAAUUCCAAAGAGAGGUCUGUGUCUCAAAUUGAGUAUAGACUCCAGGAUAUGCCUCAACUAUCCACCUGGGUCUUUCAGCACACCAGUGGUUGCCCAAGCAAUGGUGCAGCCUGUAGAUGCCAUGCUCUUAUCUUCACUGAAGUGUAGAAACGAUUCCUACCACUCCAUCCUGACCACUAGCCCUCUGCUGUAUCUGAAUCACCCGUUAACUGUAAGCCCUCUACGACCUUUGACCCUAACACUGCCUUGUCCUCCUAACCCUAAAAAGAUGAAGACAGGAGAGGAGAAGAGCUGCACUUACUCUGGUAGCACAGCUCUUAUGCCUGACACCAUCUCAGCCUAUCGGGUCAGGGUUUUAAGUGCUUCAGUGAAGGCAUCCCAAAAGGUGACUAAAGAGCAGCUGGCUGUCCUGGGCUGGAAAGAUGAGCACUGGAAUGUUCUGGAUAAAGUCACUGUGAGAAAUUUACAGAAUGACCUUGUUUCUUUUGAGGUCUUGGAGAACUAUGAGCGGCUGAUCGUCCUUCGUCUGCUCUCUUCUGUAACACCUUCAUGCUUGGUGUCUUUUGCUGAGGAGCUGCAGGAGUCAGUGAGAACCUGUACAGUAUCCAUAGCCAUCCACAAAAGACAGAAGGACCCCAGCAGUGUGGUUCUGGCUGUCCUGCCCAGUCGAGAUCUGAGCUGGGGACUGGCUGAGCUUCAUGCCCAGGCUUACUGUGGGUCUCCAGAGCAAUCUGCAGAGAUACUGAUGAGGGAGGGAGAGCAGCUGCUGCUAAAAUUCAGUGGCAACAUUAGCAGCACAGGUGACCAGUAUACAGAGCCUCACACACUCACAUUUCACAAUCAGAGGAGGAACUGGCUCUAUCUGCAGCUGAAGGAAUUGGACCCGUUUGAAAACUACAGAUCACCUCAAUAUAAAGGCACGGCUCUACUUUUCCAAAUCCCUAAAGAUCAGCUGGUAUGGAGGGAAGACGGAACUGUUAUAUCAGAAGACUAUUGCUUCGGACAACCAGUCUGUAAGCUGUCACUCACUCUUCCAAAGACUGUGAAAACUCUGUCUCAACCAAUCAGUGCACAAUUCUUGCAGCAUGAUCAGACAGAGCCACUCUGUGAUGAGCUGCUAGCCUGGCUCUGUAGUGAGCUGUCCGAAAAAGAUGCAUCCCUGCUGGUCAUGUGCCUUCGCCUGCGCCGUUCAUCUGUCCAACUGGCCAAACUCCGAGCUCCAAACAGCCUCACGCUGCAGAUUUUCCACAUCCUGACCACAUGGAGACAAGCUCUGCCUACCAUUACUCCAAAAUGUCCUUUGCUUGCCCACUGUCUGACUCGGAUCGGUAGGCCAGAGCUGGCUGCAGAGCUGCUAAAAAAAAGGCCCGGCUGUGGACAGGAGUGAGAAGAGACGUGCAGAAACACAAAGAUGUACAACAGUCCAUGGCCAUCCACUUGCAUGAGAUUAAGGGCAAAACAUGAAACAAAAACUGUAAUUAUGUUUAAAUUUGAACUCUAGAUCUAAAAGAUGAUGUUUAUUCUGUUCAUUCUCAGUUGGACAGUAAUUGAUCAUGACAGAAAGAGAGACAACAGGUUUGUAAGAAGGAUAUCUAAAUAUGUGCUUGUGUUACUGUGAGAGAAAAUAAGCACCAAUCAAAUAUCAAUUCAGUUCAACAAGCUUUACUGGCACGACCAUAUACAUGGACAGUAUUGCCAAGGCAAGUACAGGAAAGAAAAGAAGUAGGCUUUAUUUGUCAUAUAUGCAUUACAACACAGUGAAAUUAAUUUCUUCACAUAUCCCAGCUUGUAAGGAACCUGGGGUCAGAGCUCAGGAUCAGUUACAAUACAGUGGCCCUGCAGCAGAGAGGAGAGAGUUAAGGGCCUUGCUCAAGGGCCCAACAGUGGCAGCUUUGCAGUACUGGUGCUCGAACCUCCAACCUUCUGAUCAGUAACUCAGAGUUUUAACCGUUGAGCCACCACUGCCCCUUAAUUAUAACAAAUCACAUUUAUGAUAAUUAAAAUUUUCAUUUCCACAGACCGGGCGGCACGGUGGUGUAGUGGUUAGCGCUGUCACCUCACAGCAAGAAGGUCCGGGUUCAAGCCCCGUGGCCGGCGAGGGCCUUUCUGUGUGGAGUUUGCAUGUUCUUCCCGUGUCCGCGUGGGUUUCCUCCGGGUGCUCCGGUUUCCCCCACAGUCCAAAGACAUGCAGGUUAGGUUAACUGGUGACUCUAAAUUGACCGUAGGUGUGAAUGUGAGUGUGAAUGGUUGUCUGUGUUUAUGCGUCAGCCCUGUGAUGACCUGGCGACUUGUCCAGGGUGUACCCCGCCUUUCGCCCGUAGUCAGCUGGGAUAGGCUCCAGCUUGCCUGCGACCCUGUAGGACAGGAUAAAGCGGCUACAGAUAAUGAGAUGAGAUGAGAUUUCCACAGACCCUGUUGUAUUACAAAAAAGUGAAGUUGCAGGCGCAUACCAGCAGAUGGCAGUGUUGUAACGUUAAUAAGCUCCAUUUUCAAACGCUCAAUCUCAAGCUUACAGUUUAUUAUCAAAUUCAUAGUAUGCCUUAGCUCACUGUAAAAAGCCUAUGUACUGUAUGAUUAUAAGACCUAUUUUAAAUAUGUACACUCUAAAAAACCCACUGUGCUAAAAAGAACCCAAUGUGGGUUGUUUUAAACCCAGGGACUGGUUAAAUAUUGGAAUUGGACAGAACACACAGUGAGUUAAAGUAAACCCACCAAGAUGAGGUGCUUGACCAAACCAUAUAUUGGUUCAUUCUGACAAGGAUGCCGGGAUAAAAUUACCUAGAAAUUUGGUCUGAAUUAUCACCCCGGACAGGGCUCAAAGUCAGAAAAAGGGCAGCAAGUGCAUGAUUUUUUUUCCCGGUCCUUUCCAAAAUAUGGAAAUGUAGAAUUAAAAUUAACGUACUAAUAGGAAGGUAAGUACUUAACUAUGUGUCCUGUGUUGGUGAAAGUGAUAUGCAAUUGCCAUUUCUUUUGUGUCAGCAAAAUUGUCACUCACAUUAUCAUAGGCUUGGAAGACAUGCAAAGCAAUAAAACACUGGUGCAUUAUUAGGCUUUUUUAUUGUUAAAGAUUUAACAUUGAACAGUGAAAACUGAACUUUGAACAAAUAAUUAAAUAGCCUAAUGGACAAAAUGAUAAUCAGUCCUUCCUCUCAUAAGGUAGAAGCCAGGGGCCUUAAAGCAGUAACCUUCUGGGGGCCAUGUCCCUGUAGAUAUUAAUGACCUCAUUGUGAUUUAUGGGUAUGUCUUUUUCAAUCAAGAGGAGAAGGAGAUCAGAGAGCCUCUCUUCUUUGCAUAGGCUUCUGAGUACAUUUUUCACAAGCUUUAGCUUGGAGAAAGACCUCUCCACUGUUGCAGUGGACACUGGAAUCGUGGCGUAUAUUCUCAUCAUUUCCUCCAGUAACAGGUCAGACAGUAACAGGUCAGGUCACGUCAGUUAACAAGCAGAUUAUUAAACUACAGAGACUUAAAUUACUUGCACAAAUGUCAUGUACAUACAGUUUGAAAGGGCUAACUGUUAGACCAUAACUCACAUGUUCAAGCUGCCUCACUGUCACGUCUCCUCUGUUAUCAUUGUGGCAGCGCAGCGGCUUCUUCCCUCUCACUCACGUCUGCGCGCCCCCUCUCUCUGGCCGCACUCGAGCGGAGCAGCAAUGGACAGAGAAGCAGCAGCUCAACGCACACAACGACCCCGGAUUAUAAGAAAAUUGGUAGAUUGCCGUGGAGUUUUUGUACUGCUGUUGUUUUAAACUUCUAACAGGACUGUAUUAUUUAUUAUUAGGAUUAUUAUUAUUAUUAUUUUAAAAGGGCAACACUUAAUUCGAGGCAAAAAGGGCAGGGGCUCAAGCACCCCUAAAGCCCUAUGUGUGCACGUGCCUGACCCCAGAGGUUUAUCCAUCCAUCCAAUAUCUGUAACCGCUUAUCCUGUACAGGGUUGCAGGCAAGCUGGAGCCUAUCCCAGCUGACUACGGGCGAAA